AUGCCAUCCCUACCGUACCACGAGCCAUCCAUUAUCCAGCUUCUCGUUCUAUCCUCUUUCCUCCUCGCGCUCAACGCCAUCGACGCCGUCCUCGACCGCGCGCUGUACUGCGGGCUCGUGGGCCAGGUCCUAAUCGGCGUGGCGUGGGGCGCGCCAGGCGGUAACUGGUUGACGUCCGAGCUUCAAAUUACCAUCGUGCAGCUCGGGUAUCUAGGCCUGGUGCUCCUCGUGUUCGAGGGCGGGGCGGCGACACGCGUCGACGCGGUACGGCGGAACUUCGUGCUGAGCGCGGGGAUCGCGGUGACGGGGGUCGCGGGGCCGAUGGCGCUUGGGUUUGCGGUGCUGGGGGAGCUGGGGGGCGCGGAUGCGAUGAUGGGGUUUGCGGCGGGGGCGGCGCUGUGCUCGACUAGUCUUGGCACGACGUUUGCGGUCCUGGAGGCGAGUGGGUUGGCGAAUACGAGGGUGGGCACGGUGUUGGGGACUGCAGCGAUGAUGGAUGAUGUGCUAGGGUUGGUCAUGGUGCAGAUUCUGUCGAAGUUGGGCGGGGAGGAGAGGUUUGAUGUUGGGGAUACGGUGCUUAGGCCGGUGUUGGUAUCGCUUGCGUUUGCGGCGGCGGUUCCGGUUGUUUGUCGGUUUGUGGUGAGGCCUUUUGUUGUUCCGGUGGUGAGGAGGGGUAGAAUUAGGGGUGGGAAUGGGGAUGGGAAGACGGAUGGGAAGACGGAUGGGACGGGGUGGUGUCGAUGGGGUUUCUUGGAUGAGAAGCAGACUGCUUUCGUGGCACAGACUGUGCUUCUAGUCGCUCUUGUCGUGGGUGCUAGUUAUACGGGCGCGUCUGUGCUUCUUGCUGCGUAUCUUGCUGGUAUUGUUGUCAGUUGGUGGGAUGAUGCUCUGGGCAGUGAUGACGGCUUAGCUGACGAGCAAAGACCAAGAAGUCAUCAUGCUGUAUCUUCUCGAGAGCAGCAAAGAACCGAAUCUCAAGGGGAGGGCUCGGAGCUUUCGCAGAUGUCAGAAGAACCAACGGUGCGAGUAGUCGAUAAUAGCAGCGAUGCUUCGAUUACAUCCCAACCAUCAGCUUCCAGGGAACGCCAGCAGCAAAAGCCAGGGCACACUGCUCUUGGUGUCUACGAAACUUACUAUUCGCAAGCAGUCACUCGAAUCCUAAAGCCGUUCUUCUUCGCCUCCAUCGGCUUUUCUAUCCCUAUCUCUGACAUGUUCUCAGGAGAAGUAGUAUGGCGCGGAAUUAUCUACGGCAUACUCAUGGCAAUUGGCAAGAUGAUAUGCGGCUUAUGGCUGGUGCGAUUUCCCUUCUCUGCUAGCCGACUCGUAAGAGCCUUCGUCUCAUUCGCCUCGUCCCGAUAUCGAGCCCUUUUCUCGAGGUUUCGCCGGCCGCGAAAGGUGAAUAGUUCGUCUCCAGCGAAAAUUACAGUACCUACGGAAGGGGUCCAGCUUGAGCCAGUUGCUGUCACCACUCCUCAACCUGUCGAGGAUGAACUUUCAGAAGGCAUCGUGGAUCCAUCAGGAGAGACGCCACAGCAGCGAGCACCUCCAUCCAGAAGGGAUAGUAGAUUACAAGGAACUGCCACGCCAGCAAAGCCACUCUCGCUCUAUCCAGCUGCUAUAGUAUCAUGUGCGAUGGUAGCCAGGGGCGAGAUCGGGUUCCUAAUCUCGGCCGUGGCGGAGAGUAGAGGCAUUUUCCGGAAGCCUUCAGACAGCGUCAAUGAAGGCGCUUCAGAGGUGUUUCUCAUUGUGACGUGGGCUAUCGUCUUGUGCACUAUUAUCGGGCCGAUAUGCGUCGGGAUGCUCGUCAGGAGAGUAAAAAAGCUUGAGGCGCUGGCUGCGAAGGGCGGAGACAGGGGCACGAAGAAUGUCCUUGGUGUUUGGGGCGUUCAGUAG